AUGGCAUCAUCAUCUUCCAUCUCAAAAGAAACGCCUCAUACCAUCAGUAACUUGGGCAGUGGCCAAUCUGAACCAAAAGCAGCAGCAGAGGAGGAGGAUCUAAGAAGGUACUUGCCAGUAUACAGAGCUGCAAUGAAAGGAGACUGGGAGAGCGCGAAAAAAAUGUUGGCCGAAGAUGAAGAUGCAGUGACAGCCUAUAUCACUGCAAACAAUGAAACACUACUUCACAGAGCAGUUGGGACAGGUAAAGCAAUUCAUUUUGUGGAGAAGUUGGUAGAACUAAUGCCAAGGGAGGCACUUGCUCUACAAAAUCGCCAAAACGAGACAGCCCUCAGUGUUGCAGCCAGGUUUGGCAACACAGAAGCUGCAAUUAUAUUGGUGGACAAAAACCCAGCUUUGCUUCAAAUGAAGAACAACAUUGGUUUGUUUCCAGUCCACUUGGCUGCUUUGUAUGCUCACAAGGAAACACUUUUAUAUUUAAUGACAGCAACAAAAGGUCAUCACCAUCCCAGUCCAUAUGCAGACCAAUCUGGUGUUCAGCUUCUGGUUCAUGUUAUAGCUUCUGGACUCUUUGACGUGGCACUGGAUUUGGCUCAUCGCCACCCUAAUUUGGUUACAUUGAAACUUGAAAAUGGUGACUAUCCUCUGAAAGCAAUAGCUAGAAAGGCAUCUGCAUUCCCAAGUGGAUGUCGCCUCAACUUGUGGCAGCGUUUCAUCUAUUCUCGUGUUCCUGUGAAGUUGGAGAACUACCCUCCUAACAACCCAAAUUCUGGUGAUAUUGAGAAUCCAGCAGACAACUGUCAAGUGUUUCUUCAAAUGAGUGGUAGAGGAAACUUCUUCAUCUCUGUAUGCCAAAAAUUGCACUUCCUUCUUUCCAACAUCAUGGAAUUAGUACUGCAUAUCAAAGACAUCCGAGAUAAAAAAUUGAGGCAUCAUCAAGCUCUUCAACUUGUCAAAUGCUUGUGCAAAGGAAUAUAUUCAUUUAGUGAUUACAAGGAAAUCAAGCCCUUUCUUGCAGAACCACUCCUUGAGGCAGCAAGGAUGGGUAUUCCUGAGGUUUUAGAAGAGCUUGUGGAUACAUUUCCUGAUUCAGUUUGGUGCUCUGAUGCAGAUCACCGUUACAUAUUUCAAAUUGCAGUUACAACACGUAAUCAAAAUGUUUUCAACCUCAUAUAUCAGAUGGGACAGCAAAAGCAAUACAUGACGCACUUUAGGGACAAAUCCGGUAACACUAUAUUGCACUUGGCUGGAAAAUUGGCACCUGCACAUCAACUCAAUCUUGUUUCUGGUGCAGCUUUGCAGAUGCAGCGUGAGUUACAAUGGUUUGAGGAAGUGAGAAACUUUGUAAUCCCUGCCUACAAUGAAAUAGAAAACGAUGCAAAAAAAACUCCAGCAAUGGUAUUUAGUGAGGAGCACAAGGACUUGGUAAUAGAAGGUGAAAAGUGGAUGAAAGACACAGCAAAUUCAUGCACAAUUGCAGCAGCACUCAUUGCCACUAUAGUAUUUGCAGCGGCCAUUACUGUGCCAGGCGGCAACAAUGCAGAUGGCCUCCCAAAUUUUUCCAAAGAAAUUGGCUUCAUAAUCUUUGCAGUCUCAGAUGCAAUCUCUCUAUUCACAUCCACAGCUUCGUUGUUAAUGUUCUUGUCUAUCCUCACAUCACGCUAUGCAGAACAGGAUUUUCUCUACAGUCUACCCAAAAGAUUGAUAAUCGGUCUUGUUACCUUGUUCCUCUCUAUAACAUCCAUGAUGAUAACCUUCGGUGCCACACUUUAUCUUGUGUUUGGCCACAAAAAAGGAUGGAUUCUUAUUCCAGUGGCUGCAUUAGCCUGCUUACCAGUCACCUUGUUUGUUUCCUUACAAUUCCCCUUACUAGUGGAUGUGAUCUCUUCAACAUAUGGUCCUGGCAUUUUCGAUCGUUACUGGUUUAAGUCGUAUAUGGAGAUGCAUAUGGAGGACGAUGCAGAUCGGGAUUUUCCACAAAAAGGUGCACUGCGGCCGAUGUGCUUUCUCUCCCAUGCCUGUGGGUUGGUCAGUGUCUCGGUUCCAGUGGUCGGCGUCGUAUUCCAAUGUUUGGGUGGUAAUGACGUCUUGGAAGUGUAUUAUGGAAGCUAUAGCAUGCCAUUGGUGGGUAAAGGGUACGCGAACAAAAAUACGCUAAAGAAAAAUUAA